AUGGCGUGGGCCUUUGCCUUUGCCUUUGCCGUGACCUGGUCCUUCACCUUCGCCUUUGCCUCCGCUUUGGCCUGGGCCGUUGCCUUUGCCUUCUCUCUGGCCCGGAUCUUUGCUGUUGCAUGCACCCUGGCCCAGGCCUUUGCCUUUGCUUUGGCCCAGGCCUUCGCUUUUGCUUCCGCCCUGGCCUGGGCCUUUGCCUUUGUCCUGACCCAGGCCUUCACUUUUGCCUUUGCCCUGAUCUGGGCCUUUGUUGUGGCCUGGGCCUUUGCCUAUGCCUUCGCGAUAGCCCAGGCCUUUGACUUCACCUUCGCCUGGGCCUGGGCCUUUGCCUUUGCCCAAGCAUUCGCCUUUGUCUUUCCCUUUGCCAUGGCCCAGGUCUUCGACUUAGCCCUGGCCCGAGCCUGA